UCACGGGGCUUUCCCGGUUAGUGUUUGUUCUACAGACUCUGACCUUGGUACUACGUAUAGAAGAAACGACUUCAAGUUUGUCUUCAAUCUUCAUUUUGCUUGCCAAAUUUGUCAAUGUUUACGGCAUUUUGUAACUGCUGCUGUGUUGGUGAUUUAUUUGUUACGAAAUUACGUUGGCAGGCAACGCAAUGAAGCGACAGCUUUCCGCUGUAAGGGAAAGAAAAGGAAAGACUACAAUGGAUAACGAUUUCUCUCCGACACAAGAUCUAUCAAACGAAGACGAACUUAUCGAAUUGACUGCCGAGGAGUCAACACAUGAAGGAAAUGUCCAUUCAACAAAGAGUUCAUCGAUGUCGUCUACAACUAUAGCGAGCGACCUUGAUUAUACUCCGCGCGACCGUCAACCAAGUUUACAGGCUGAUGCAGAUGCUUCUAAGACUUUGAUUGGCCGAGGUGAAGAAAAUCUUCAAGUAUUGUUUCAAAACGUGAAGAAUCGCAUUCAUGUGAAAGAAGCCGCUGACUCAGCUAAAGGCUUAGCGAGACACGUGAUCGAAGCGGGUAAACGAGGCUGGCGCGUGGUUGGUCAUGGGGAAUUACCUGAGUGGUUGCGUGAUAAUGACUUCAUUGAUCAUGGUCAUCGCCCUCCUCUAGAUUCAUUCAAACUGUGUUUCCAGAGUAUUUUCUACAUUCACGCUGAGACGGGAAACAUUUGGACGCAUUUGUUGGGUUUCAUUGCGUUUGUCGUCGUAGCGCUGUGUUUUUACAUUCGACCUCUGUCUGUUGGUAUGCCCUUUCCGAAAGAUUUGAAAGAAAAAUUUGUCUUUGGUGCGUUCUUUGGUGGAGCGCUUUUCUGUUUAGCUUUUUCUACUCUUUAUCAUACAAUGGGCUGUCAUUCUUAUAAAGUUUCGAAUAUAUUUAGCAGGUUGGACUACACUGGAAUAGCACUGUUGAUCGUUGGGUCAUUCAUUCCGUGUCUCUAUUAUGGCUUCUUUUGUUAUAUAAAGACAAAAAUAAUCUACAUGACACUUGUGUCUAUUCUUGGACUUGGGUGUGUAUUUGUCGCCAUGUGGGAAAAAUUCAACACUCCAAAGUACAGGGCGCUACGAGCAGCGGUAUUUGUUGGUCUCGGAUGUUCUGGUGUUGUACCAUGUCUUCACAUACUGAUCGCCCAUGGACUGACAAUUGCCUCAAAACAAGCCUCGCUUGGUUGGCUCCUAUUGAUGGCGUUUCUCUAUUUAACUGGCGCCUUGCUGUAUGCAACACGUAUACCGGAACGCUUUUUUCCUGGAAAAUGUAACAUAUGGUUUCAAAGCCAUCAAAUUUUUCAUAUAUUGGUCGUCGCUGGAGCGUUUGUUCAUUUUCACGGUGUUUGUCAAAUGGCAUAUUAUAGAUUUGCCGUCGGCUCAUGCCCUGGGUAGUGCUCAAGACAUGGAUUUAGAUUCACAGCUUAUUAUUUAAGUUAAGUGUAAUAAGGUAAUAUAUAAUUGUGAUUUUAGGAAGUGUUA